AAUGGGUUGUAUAACGUGCCUUCUAAUUUGGGCCAUAAUUGUUUUAAUCAUUAUUAAACUAUAUAUUAAAUUAACAACAGGAUGGUGUAGGAGUAACGUCUGUUUAGUGGGUAAAACUGCUGUUAUCACUGGCGCUAAUACAGGUAUAGGAUAUGAAACUGCGGCGGAUUUCGCAAAACGUGGGGCCAGAGUUAUUUUAGCCUGUAGAAGUGAAUCGAGAGGUCAAGACGCGGUCCAAAGGAUCAUCCGAGAAACCGAUAACGAAAAUGUCGUUUUCAAGCAGCUGGAUUUGGCAUCCUUUAAGUCUGUGCGGGAAUUCGCCAAGGAUAUUAAUGCCACCGAAGAAAGGUUGGAUAUAUUGGUGAACAAUGCGGGUAUAGGUAACGCUGAAAAUAAACAAACAGAGGACGGCCUGUUGAUUUUGAUGCAAAGCAACCAUUUUGGACACUUUUUGUUGACUAACUUGUUGCUCGAUCUCUUAAAAAAGACGAAAAACUCCCGCAUAGUAAACGUGGCCUCCUUAGCGGGAAAAUACGCGAAAGACUUCAACGUGAACCGUCUAAAUGAAUUUCCCGAGGGCCAUUAUCGAGUGGGUGGUCCUUUAUAUCGCAGAAGUAAAUUGUGCAACAUCCUAUUUACCAUUGAACUGGCCCAGAGACUUAAAGGAACCGGCGUGACCGCUUAUUCGUUGCAUCCCGGUGUCAUUUUGACGGAAUUCAUUCGGGAUAUGUCCGGUUGGAGAAGAAUUGUUGCCGAAAAUGUGCUCAAGUGGUUCUUUAAGACUCCUAUAGAGGGCGCACAAACCACAAUCUACUGCAGCGUAGCCAAAGGUAUCGAGUCAGAUUCAGGUGAACACUUUGCAGACUGCGCCUUCGUCACCAGAUACAAAACAGCCGAAGACCCGGAUUUACCCAAGAAACUAUGGGAAAUAUCAGAGAAGUUGGUCAAAUUGGGAAAAACCGCGCUCAUUCGUAAGAAAAUAAACAAUAAUUCGGGCAAAUAUCCAAAAAAAAAGUUGACUAAGUUUGCCACCAUGGGAUGCGUAACUUAUCUCGUGUUUUGGCUUGCAAUAAUCCUGAUAAUCGUAAAAUUAUUUAUUAAAUUAACAACAGGAUGGUGCAGGAGUAACGUGUGUUUGGUGGGGAAAACUGCCGUUAUCACAGGAGCUAAUACAGGUAUCGGGUACGAGACGGCCGCAGAUUUCGCCAAACGUGGUGCCAGAGUGAUUUUAGCGUGUAGAAACGAAUCCAAAGGUCAAGACGCGGUCGAUAGAAUCGUCAAAAGCACGAAUAAUCCUAAUGUGGUUUUUAAGCCGUUGGAUUUGUCUUCCUUUAAGUCUAUCAGGGAGUUUGCCAAAGACAUAAAUGCCACCGAAGAAAGGCUGGAUAUUUUGGUAAAUAACGCGGGAGCCGGGGGGUAUGCCAAGGAAAAGAGCGUCGAUGGACUGUUACUUUUAAUGCAAACCAACUAUUUUGGACAUUUUUUGCUUACCAACUUGUUGCUAGAUAUCCUAAAAAAAACUGGCAACUCGCGCAUCGUUAAUGUAUCCUCAAUCGGAGCCAGAAGCGUUAAAGACCUAGAUGUUAAUAACCUAAACGCUUAUCCAGAACAUGAGAGCCGCUUACCCAACAUAAUGGUUUAUGCCAGAAGUAAGCUCUGCAACAUCCUGUUUACGAUUGAACUAGCUAAGAGGCUUAGAGGCACCAGUGUGACCACGUACUCCUUACAUCCGGGAGCAGUCUUCACAGAUAUUUUCAAUAAAAUGCCUGCGAUAACCAGGGUGCCCGUAACUCAAAUUAUCAAUUGGUUCUUUAAGAGCGCAAUAGAGGGCGCUCAAACCUCUAUAUACUGUAGCGUUGCCAAAGGUAUCGAAUCUUUAUCGGGAGAACAUUUUGCUGACUGCGCAUUCGUGACCAGAUAUAAAAGUGCGCAGGAUCCAGAGUUACCCAAGAAGUUAUGGCAAGUCUCUGAAGAAUUGGUUAAUUUAAAAAGUCCAUAAUGUAGAAUAUGUAUUAUAAAGUGUUCGGUUAGUUAAUUUUAUUUAAGUCGAUAUAAUUAUAUGUGUGUAUUUUUUUUUAAUACAAUACAAAUACAAAAAGAUUUUAUAAAGAUUUAAUCUUAGAUAUGCAGCUUUAAUUUUGUUUUUAACAUGAAAUUCGAAACCCUUGGAUUGGUUGAAAAUUAUACACAAGUUUUUUGCAUCUGCUACUAUUGGGUAUUAUUUAUUUGUUUAUACUAUUUGUGUAAUAUUUAUUCCAAUAGAAAUUGUAUUUUUUAUGUUUUCCCUUAAUAAAUUAUUUGCCGACAUUA